AUGGCGGCGGUCUCGUUUCGCCGCUCCAGCGAUGGGAGUAGCGCGGGUGAGCCCGGCGACCUCGUCUCUACCGAGUGCGAGGUGCGCGUGCUCAGAACCAAGUUUGCGGGCGCGUCCUCGCUCCUUGCGGAUCAGGAGGCGGCGAUCGAGGCGUGCGAAGCCGCGCUUCGGGUGCAGGCUCAAGCGCUCAGCGCCGUGCCCGCGCAGAUCGCGCGAGAGCGCGGGCUCGCCGCCGCCGCGUCGGUGCGAGCCGCUGAGGCGCUGGAGCGGGUGGCGGUGCUGGAGGCGUCGCUCGAGGAGCGAUUGCGCGCAGAGCGCUCCCGUGCGGAGGCUGCCAGCGAUGCGGAGGCUGCCGCCACCCGCCGCGCAGAGGCCUCUGGGGCGGCACUAUCGGCGCAGGCGCAGCAGUUUUGCGACGAGAAGCGAAUUGCGGCCGCGGAGGCGGAACGCGCGCUCCUCUCUGCUGCGGCGUGGCUGACCAGCGCGCUCCGGGAGAGCAAGGAGGCGAGGGAGGAGGCGCGCGAGGCGGCGCUGGCGGAGGGGGCGGCCGAGGCGGCGGGGCUGCAGGCGGCCCUCGAAGCGUCGCGCUCCGAGGCGCGGCUGAUCGCGCUACAGCAGGACGAACGGCUCCGCGCCGACGCCUCCGCCGCCGAGCGGGAGCUGCGCGCGCUGCGCAAGGCGAUGAGCGAGGCUGAGGCCGAAGCGGCGGAGGCCAGACAGCGCGCGCGGGAGGAGGCGCGGCUGGCCGAGCUGGCGGCGGAGCUCGAGCUCUCCACCUCGGCGGCAGAGGCUGAGGUGCUCGAGCUGCGUGCGGAGGUGGAGCGGAAGGCGUCGCUCAUCGAGCUGUACCAGUCGCGCGACAACCCGCGCGAGCGCUUCUCGCCGUGCGUGGGCGAGAUCAAGGCCGUCCAGCGCCGCCUCUCGGCGGAGGCGGUCGAGGCGGCGGGCGAGCUCCAGGCGGCCAGGGCGGCGCUCGAGGACUCGGAGGAGCGCGCCGCCUCGCGGCGCGCAGAGCUCGAGGCACGUCUCGAGUCCGCCCGGCAAGACGCGUUCCACGCGCAGACGCAGGGCCAGGCAGCCCGCCCCAGCCCGCCCCAGCAAAGCGUCGGCUGCGCGAAGGAGCGGGAGCUGCGUUGCGCCCUCUCGCAGCUCGGCCAGCUGCGGCAGUGGCGAGCGAGCAGUGAGAAACGGCUCGACGCCCUCUCCGCCGAGUGCGCGCAGAGCCGCGCAGAGGCGGAGAAUGCCGCCUCGCAACUCGCGGCGGCGCAGCGCGAGACGCCGCCCUCGAUCGGCCACCAGAACCCGAAGCAACGCAUCCGGUACACCGAGCGGAUCAAGCGGGAGGCAGAGGCCGUCCGGCGGGAGAGGGACGCGCUGAGUGACCAGCUCGCCGCGGCAAACGCCAAUGCCGCGCGCCUCCACAAGCCGCGCAGCUCCCUCGGGGGCGCAGAGCAGAGGCCUGGUGGCUGCGCGGGGGGCGACGGGGAGAUCGACAAGGAGAAUGGCGCUGCCGCCGUCUCGGGCGGCCGGCCGCCACAAACGCCACCGCCGCCGCUCCUCCGCAGCCUCUCCGCGAGCCUCGUCUUCUAG